AUGCGGGGAGCCGGCAAGGAUGCCACCAAACUGUUCGACGAAGUGCACGCCUGGGUAAACUAUGAAUCCCUCCUAGCCAAAUGCUACAUCGGGCCACUUCGCAGCACCGGAGUGCUCAAACUAGUCCCGGAAGAACCAGAAGACACCUCUAAAUCACCCAACAGUUCUAUGCCUCCACCACCACCGCCAUCACUUCUGAAGCCACCCACCUCGAGCAACCCUGCGGUAAUUGUUACGCCCAGCACUCCCGCAGUUGAGCCGAAGGUCCUCUCAGCCAUCUCGGUGGUGAGCACUUCCAGCGAAGAUUCCACCACCAAAUCGUCUCCCGUAGUGCCUCGCUUCGACUGGAUCCAAAAGACGGCCGAAGUCACGUUCAUCUUCUACACCAAAGCGCUCUGCAAUCCGGCCGUCGUUGUAGAGUUCGUCAACAAUCUCGAGUUUAACGUUCGGAUCUUCCUCGAAGGAAACGUCCGCCAUCGGUACCAGUUCCAAGUGGCAAACAACCUUCAGUGGCCUUGCACGGUUCGACAAUCGCUGGAAGCCGGAAAGGUAGAACUCGUGUUCAACAAGCUCCUGCCGGGUCUCUGGACCAACUACGGUCAAAUGGAGCACGAACAAACCGAAAACUACCCUAUGGAGCUGCACGAGUACGACGUGGCAACACGAAUCGAAAUCACGCACGACUCCUGCGCUCUGCUCCUCCGACCAAAGAACAAUCCCAUCCUCGUCGCCAAAAAUUUGUUACAAUUGAAAGCGAACACGUUUUUACAAAAAGCGUCUAGUUUUAUUUCGUGCUCAUUACUAACUGUUCAAAUGGAGUGA